AUGGCAAGGUUAAGUCCUAGUGUUGUUGUUUUGGCUAUCUGGGCGAUGCUGCUUCUCGGUGAAAUUGGCGUCGUUUACGGCCAGGCUACGCCUUGCCAAGGCGAUAUGCAGGGGCUGAUUACGCAAUGCGCGGUUUACGUCCAAAAGGGCACCCCAAUGGCUGAACCCUCCGCCACAUGCUGCACUGCUGUGAAGACCGUGGACAUUCCAUGUGUGUGCCAAAAAAUCACUAAGCAGGUUGAGAUCAUGGUGGACAUGAACAAGGUCUUUCAUCUUGCUUCCUACUGUGGCCGGCCUCUUCCCCAUGGAACCAAGUGUGGAAGUUCUAUAGUUCCGUGA